UUUUUUAAGGAGAAUGCAACAUAUCUUAAUCCAUAAACAUACGAACCUGUCAUUGUCAAUACAACCACAAUUGCCCUUCUACUCACAGACGUCCGUAACCUCAUUGUUUGCUGGCCGCAACAUCCCCCCCCUCCCCUCUCCCCCCCACAAAAAGGAGCCACUGCGUUUUAAUACUUUGCCACCAUGGAUCAAGUAUCAAACAUCUUAGGCAACAUCCUUUCCAUUGAAGAAGGACUGCCUGAAGUAAUUGACACCAGACCGAAAACCAUCAAACGAAAAUCACUCGAAUUGGACUUUAGUACGUUUUGGAAUUCCGAUAAGAAAACCGAAGAGGACAGCGAAGAGAAUGAAGACGACCUGAAUAUGUCUGUUGCCAGUGUUCCACCCGCCAAUUCCGGCUCUUCUUCAUCGCAAUACAUGGCGGAUAAGUUGAUGGAGAAGGCAUUAGCCAUGAUAAUCCCUACUGAAAUCCAUGAUUAUCAAACCACAAAAAUCAUCGAAGAUAGAAUUGCCAUACAGAAGCAACGACCAGGGUUAAGCUUCAACAUUAUGCAAAAGAAUUCAAAUAUGUUGCACCAGCGGAACUCGUCCAACUACGUCAUGAUCAAUUCAAUUAUUCAGUUUUUCAACUGGGAUGACACGUACUUUACCAUUGGUGUCUUGCUAAUCAUCACCCAUAUAAUUCUCAAACCGUUGCUAUUAACAGUUGCUCCACUUGUGUUUGUCCUUGCUAAUGUCAUCAUCCCUCACUAUUUACUUGUUUACCCUCCCGACGCCACUCAGAAGUACCUUGAUGUGAACCCAGUACCGGCGAAUUUGCCCUUGGGGAAAUACAAAAUUGCCAAACCAGUGCCGUUAUUCUCGCGGGAAUUCUUUUUGAAUUUGACCGACACCCAGAACUUUAUGCGGUACUAUAUUGACAGUUAUGACUUUAUCGUGUGGAUAACCCGGGACUACUUGUACUUUAAGGAUGAGCAGGUGAGUUCGUUGGUGUUGCUUUUGAUGUUGGGCACGAUUAUCAUGAACUUUUAUACUGUGCCUAUCCUUUUUGAGUUUGCUUUGAAUCAUGUUAGAUUUGUCAAGAUUAGUAUGAUUUUGAGUAUUUGGUUGUUUGUGAUUAUGUUGCAUCCCAACAAUAGAGGUUCGCUUCUUGAAUGGCUAUACAACGAGGAUACCCGAUUGAAUUUCCAAAACUAUGUAAAUAAAGUGGAGGCAAAACUUAUCGGGCUACUUGAAGAAAACGAGCCCGGCUCAGAGGAUGAUUCAAUCUAUGUUGAGAUUUUCGAGUUACAGAAACUUGAUUUGGGUACCAAGAUUUGGGAAUUUAUUGGAUUUACUCCAAAUUUCUAUACUGCUAACACAUCAACUAGACAAUACAACAGCAGUAUAUCCAAGGAUGAAGAUAAUACUCCCGAGGGACCCAAAUACUUGAGAAUUCCACGCAAGGACACAUUGAAUGAGAUAUUGCCCCCCAAGACAUACGAAUUCGUCGGAUCCUGGACUAUUGAUUAUAAUGUGACAUCCUGGGUCGAGCAAAACUUGAUUAAGGACCUAGUGAUUAUUGAUGAUGAUGAAAAAUGGGCUUAUGAUUAUACCGAAGAUGAUGAAAUCACCACAGACGUGUUUCGAAGAAGGAGAUGGAUUAGGAAGGUAACCAGGUCGAAAACAGCAUAAAAUAUUACUUUAGGAAAUCCAUAAGAUUAAGACUUUUCGUUUCGGUUUUCUGUUUCUUCUUUUCACUGAGUAGCGAUGAUAGAUUAAGUUUUCUCUUUUUGGCGCGAUCUUUUGACUUGACAUUCUUGACGGAUGGCUGCUUGACCUGAUUUGUAUGGUCUGGUGUCCAUUCCGCCUUGAAUUCGACUUUUUCUCCCACAGGUUCCUCCACUUUCUUGUUUUUCUCUUGGAUUAGAGAAUCAUCAUAGCUUGUAUGGCGACAGACUGUACAGCGAUAUCGCAACCUCCUCUUGCCAACAUUUUCCCCUUUCUUCUUCUUAGGAUAUGCUAUGCGAAUAGAUACAGUCAACCCUGGAAUCCAUAAAUUCCCACAACCCUGACAAAACUUGUAUGUUAAUAAAGGAGGAAGGUUGAUUUGUUUGAUUAAAUUGUGUCUUUCGAAAAGAACAGAGUAGUUUUGUGAUAGUGGAGAAAUUGCAUUGGAAUGAGCUAGGUCAUACAAGUGCAAUGAUGUUAUUUGAUUUGGAUUUAGUGGCUUCUCUUGUGACAUU